AUGGCUGAAGAAGAACAGGAUUAUUCCGCUAUUCCCUUAGAUGAGAGAUUAGUCCAUAAAGUAUGGAAGGCCAGACUUCAUGCUUAUACCGAAAUAGUUGGUACUUAUGAAACAUCACGUAAUGAACAAGAUCCAUGUUUUAAUGUUAGUUCUGACCUUUUUAAAAAGGCUAUUAUGGAUGCAAAUGUUGUUGCUCAAGAACAAGGUUACAAUGCUUUGGUUAAGUAUUUGACUUUUGGAGGAACUCCUGCUAACUUCAAUAGGAUCAAAAGUGGGCUCAUAGGUCCAAUUUGUGAAAAGGGGUUGAACUCGUCCAGGAAAAACACCAAAGAAUAUGCUCAAGAAGUGUUAUUACUAAUGAUUGAAAUAACUGACCAACCAGACACUAUAAUUGAAGAAAUAAUUCCUUAUUUUGGUAAUAGACUACCCAAGACUGUUGCCGGAUGUGUUAGUGCUUUAGCGGCAAUAUACGAGAAUUUUGGUUGCCAAAUUGUGCUGCCAAAACCAGUGAUUCCUUGUUUAGUAAAAUUGUUUGCUCACAGUGAUAAGAAUGUGAGAGCAGAAACUAUGAAGCUAACUGUUGAAUUAUAUAAAUGGAUGCGUGAUGCCUUAUCAGCAACUUUAUUACCUUCAUUAAAGCCUGUUCAACAAAAGGACUUAACUGCCGCUUUUGAAGCAGUUAGUGGUGUUGCUCCAGAACAGAAAAGAUUAACCAGGUCUCAGAAACAACAACUCGAAAGAGAAAACGAGCAACAAGCUAUAGGUGACGAUCAAGAUGUUGACAUGGAAGAAAAUAAUCAACCUGUUGAUCCGCUUGCGUUUAUUGAUCCAGUUGAAGUGUUGUCAAAAUUUCCUGCUAAUUUUGAAGCUAGAAUUUCUUCUUCAGCAUGGAAAGAAAGAGUCGAAGUAUUAGAUGAGAUUGUUCCAAUCUUGCAGAGAGUAGUGAAACUCGUGCCUGAUGAUGAUUAUACUGCAGUUAUGAGAUUAUUUGCCAAAUGUAUUUUGAAGGAUGCAAAUAUUCAAGUGGUUCAGUUAUCUGCUAAUUGUACUGAAAUGAUUGCUAAGGGUCUUGGUUCAAACUUUCAAAAAUAUCAAUCUUUAGUUUUGAGCCCCCUUAUCGAAAGAUCGAAGGAAAAGAAACCAUCGGUAGCACAAGCUCUUGAUAAUGCUUUGGAUGCUAUAUUCAUGGUUUCAGGAGGGGAUGUAGGUUCUAUUCUUGAAGCAGCUAUAAAUGGUAUGAAAUUAAAAACUCCCCAAAAUAAGAUUUCCGCUGCUAAUUUUGUGAAGAGAUGUUUGUCAAGUACUACUGUUGCACCUAUUUCAUCUGAAAUUGAUGCCAUUAUGGAAAUUGGUAUUAAAUUGCUAUCUGAGUCGCAAGCUCCAAUUAGACAAGCUGCUACUGAAAUGAUUGGUACUUUAAUGAAGAUCACAGGAGAACGAGAAUUGAAUCUGUUUCUUACAAAAGUUGAAGAACAUAGAAAAGCACAAAUUAUAGCAUAUUUUGAAACUGCUGAGGUUAAAUGCAAAUUGAAAUCGGCUCCUGCCCCUGCAGUACAAACAUCUUCAACGACACAACGUUCUAAUGGUGGUUUCCCCAAAAAAACUUUACAAGCAAGUAAUGGCAUUGGUGCUGCCACCAAACUCGGAGCUAGAACCAGUCUUCCUCAUUCAUCAAUUCCCGCAAAGAGAAUGGCUACUUCUCCAGCUAAACGUUCUGAAGAGGUGAAAGCAAGUAAUUUUGGUCGUGGUCUUACUUCCCGUCCUAUAACUAAUUCUAAUGUUCGAUCUAGGGCACCAGGUGGUGGAAUUGCUGCUGGUGCUUCUGUUUCUGCGUCCACUGAUGAUCUGCGUUAUCAAAAUGAAAUAGCUGAGUUGAAAAAUCAAAUUAAAGAUUAUCAACAUCAACAACUGCAGCAGGAGAGCCGUAUAAAAUCUUUACAGACUGAAAAUUCCCGCUUACAACAAGAUUUGCAGAAUGUAGUCUUGCAAUUAGAAAAUGAAAAACGAAAUAUUGAAAUUGCCAGUAGUGUUAAUGAAACCAAUAUUAAUAAAGUUCGUUCUGAGUUGAAGAAAUCACAUGAUAGAAUAAUACAAUUGGAAAGGCAACUUGAUCUAGAAAGAAUCCAACUGACAAAACAUCAGCCAUAUUUAUCCGAAAGUACCAGAUCCCCACUUCGUCCAUCAACGAUAAUAGAGUCGAAUGAGUUGAGUGCAGGGGUUAAAAGGUUAUCCAUUGAAGGAGACAUUGCUAUGAGAGGGUCCAUGUCACCAUCAUUUCAAUAUAGUGGUAGCACUAGUUCAUAUAGUCCAAUUACACCUGCUAACUUGCCGUCUCAUGAUACAAGAAAUAUAGAAGAUGAUUGGAAGAGGGCUGCUGAAGUGACUUCCCAGUUAAGAGCUAGAAUUGAGAAAAUGAAAGCAAGAUCUCGUAAUUCUACCAUGAAUUCAACUUAG